UAUAUAUAUCGCAUGCAAGCUGGUUUGCAUGGCAUUGUGCAGUGAACAAGAACAAGGACAAGAACAAGCUAGCCGGUCGAGAUCAGUUUCAGUUUCAGGCUUAGCUAGCACAGCAACAGCAGCGUCGAUCGAUAUGGGCCGUUGGUUGAAGCCAGAUGUUUACCCGCUGAUCGCCGCCAUGACCUUCGUCACGGGGCUGUGCACCUUCCAGCUCACAAGGAACGUGUUCAUGAACCCGGACGUCAGGGUGAACAAGAACAACCGUAAAAGUGCGGUGCUGGAGAACGCGGAGGAGGGUGAGAAGUACCACCAGCACGCGUUCCGGCGAUUCCUCGCCACGCAGCGGCCGGAGGUCUUCCCGGCGCUCAACCGCUUCUUCGCCGGCCCGGCGACGGUGGCGAGAAGUGAUCGCCACGACUGAUCAAUCGACGACGACGAAGACGAAGACGAUGAUCUCGAUCACCUACGUGUUGGCUAAUCAAUGUAUCCACCAAUUGUAAGAGUAUGGUGUACGAGUACGUGUGUAGUAGUGUAUGUGCGUGUGUAUCUUAUCUUCUUUUAUGUAAUCGGAAAGAUAAAAAAAUGGAAAUGAGAAGUUAAUGCGGGCGGGUGUUUACACGUAGUACUA